CCUGCCGCCGUUUGCACAGCCUUGUACACCCCCGCAUCGCCCAGUCCACCCACCGCCAGGCGCAUCCACUUCCGCACGCCGUACCUCCAACUCGGGGUUUUGUUAGGGUUGUGCCUCCGACCGCCGCCGCAGAAUGGCCGCCGCCGCCGGCGCAGAGGAUGAAGCGGCGUGGAGGAGCGCCAUCGCGGACGCCGCCUCCGCGAGUACCUCGACCUCCGCGUCCACGACGCUAGUCCUCGACGGGACCGUCAAGUCCUCCACGGGCCGCCUCCCCAGGCCGAUUCUCUUCAGGCCCGUCGCUCGAUCCCUCGUCGAGCUAUCCAUCGCCGACGCAGGUCUUAACUCUCUCGCCGGCCUGCCCCGACUACCGAAGCUCCUUCGCUUGUACCUCCCCCGUAAUCGCUUGUUGGGCGCCUCCUCCCUCGACGCCAUCCGGGGAUCCUGUGGCGCCACGCUUCGUUUGCUGGACCUUGGUGAUAACCUGUACUCUGAGUUGGAUGAGCUCACUCCACUAGCCGACGUUGCUAUCGACUCGCUCGAUCUCUGCGGUUGCCCCAUCACCAACUUCCUCGGGGACCGACAUAAUAUCUUCCAGUUGAUCCCCAGUUUGAAGUACUUGGAUGGGAGAGAUGAGCAGGGUGACAUAACAGCAGGUGCAUGUUUUGAAGGAGGAGCACAUCUCACAUCACUGACUCAAUCAGCAGCGCUUGCUUACGGGUACCAUCCCCGGAAGAUUGUGCCGAGGAUUGCUCCGAUCAGGGAACUCAAGCCAAGACCUCCACUGCCUAAGUCAUUAGGCCCUUCAUUUCCAGAUUCUACUGCUCUGUCUUUGCUGCAUGAGGAAGUCUCUAAAUUAUCAGAUGAGCUUUUAGGCAUCGUGGAUGCAGCAUUUUUCUUCAAAGAAGCAAUUUCACUACAAGAAUACUUCCGUAAAGCUAAACCUAAAUCAACUGAAGGCAAAAUUGGCAACAGGCUCCUUAAAUAUGUUAAACUGCCUGAAAAGGAAACAGUAAAGCUGAAGAUGACCGAUGAAGCAUGUGCUGUGCUAAGCAGCUGGGUGCAAUGUUUCACAGCUGUCCUCGCCUCUGGUCUUAGUUGGAAUGGAAGAUUCAAUUUGAGUCAUUUUAUUCUUUUGAGAGGCCAAGUACAUGUACUCAAAAACCCCAAUCCACAGCUAGGACAAACUGGCGAAAAGAAACUUGAUGGCAAACGCCUUGCAAAAUAUAUAUUGGCUUUCUUCAGUUUGGAUGGGAACUACCCGCCAUAUCUUUUGCAUCUUGUUAAGAAAUUACAGAAUAUACCAGAUGGGCCUCUCACGACAUCCUACAGAUUGGGUUUAGAUACCCAUUGCUGCUUUAAAUCAUCAAUGGGGCGAGCGAAUGUCAUGUACCAAAUCAAGAUUAAGGUUGAUGGUUUCCUAUCAAGCAAGAAAGAUGACUUCUUCUAUUUGUUGAGCACAUGCAUGAUCGAUAAAAAUUGGACAGACAAAGUUGAGCAGCUUGGCAUAUUCAAGAAGAUAUUGUUAUGGGGACGUGAAGUCAAAGAUGAUGCUCAUGAACGGGACCUUCUUAACCAAAUGUUGUCAUCUGACUUCCCGAUCACUUAUGCCUUCUUCCUAAUUAGGAACUUUGGUACCCAUGUAUCAAGAAACAGUGUGGUUGAUGACCAAAAAGUGUAUAAGGAUGAUGGUGCCACUGAGUUGUUGAUCCCUGAUACAUUUGGCGACUUUGUUGCUGAUAUGCUGUUCGACCUUUUGGAGCAUCCUAUUGGGCAGGACUUAGAAAUUGAAAAAAUUGCUAAAGACUGCAUGGUCUCUCCUAUUCAAGUUCUAUAUGAAGUCAAAAAUGCUUCUUCUAUCAUCAAAAUGCUAGAUUCUGGUACCUCUUAUGGAGUUAGUGAAGAGUGUAACAUUGACGAAGCUACAGAAGAGAAAGGUGGUGAGGACCAAGGCAGUUCGACCCGAGGCCAGCAAUUGGAGCGAAUGGCCAAGCUAUCAGCUUUCCUGAGCCACCAGAUAAGGUCACUUUCUGCGAAGCUUGGCCUGGAUAUAACCAAUGAAGUUUUGGAGGUAGAAGCUUUACAAGAAAAACUAGGGAUAUCGUCAUUUGAAGUACGAAAUGCUGCUGCUCAAGAUGAAGUGUCACAAAGAUCGCUUCAGUUUGGCAUCAUGCCCCCCGAGAACAUGGGAGCUUGGGAGUCAAGUUCGUCCUUAGAAACACCUUAUCAAAUCGGAAGCUUGCACCCUCCGAACAUAGGAUCUGGGUCGUAAGUUCUGCAGGACGGCAUGUCUUUUCGUUAUGUUGUUUACUGUGUCUGUCAGGCGUGGUGGCAGGAAGAGGCAUGUGCCUUCUUUUCCAGUUGCAACUGCAUUGUCUCCAUUCCUAUGGCAGGUAUUCUCAAAAUUGACUGAGCAGAGGUUCCCAAGUGGGCAGCAGAUUGCCAGAGUCGCCAUUUGGGAGGAAUCUGGGGAAAACAUUUACUUGAUGAUCCCAGAAAUCAAAACUCAGAAUGCCACAUUUUCGUCUGUUGCUAUUUAGGUAGAGUAGAUGGUAACUUUCAGAAUUCAGUUGUUGAUCUAUUGAAGCUGCACAGCUUUUCUGUAAACACAACUUCCGGAUGUAUGGCUAUAAUGGGUCGCCUGAGUACCUGACACACGAUGAUCAACCGUUAUGAAACAUACAUAUGCCGCUGGAAUAUUGGGGGGCAUUAUGAUCGCCUGAUAACUUCUGGGACAUUUGUAAUAUGCUGGAGUGUGACCUUUUCA